AUGAAGUGUGUAUUGUUGUUGCUGCUGUUGGGCCUGUGCGUUCUUGCUGUAUCGACUGAGCUCUCCAGAAUGAAAAGACACUACCAGAGAGGUUAUCGUGGUGGCGGAGGACGAGGGGGAGGUUAUCGGGGAGGACAUGGUGGAGGUCAUGGUGGAGGUCGAGGUGGAGGUCAUGGUGGAAGUCAAAGUGGAAGUCAAAGUGGAGGUCAAAGUAGAGGUCAUGGUGGAGGUCGUGGUGGAGGUCGUGGUGGGGGACGUGGUGGAGGACGUGGUCGCUGUGGUCCCGGGAGGUAUGUCAGCACCGGCGGGACGGUUGGCACAGAUCAUGUCGGCACUGUUGUAGAUCCCAAUGGCUGGUGGCAACGGCCACAAAGUACCGAAGAAGUGGAGAAAUGCUCAGCCAUUGCCGAUAUUAUCCUGGUAUUAGACACGUCAUCAAGCAUGAGUCGGGCUGAGUUUGAUUUGGAGGAAGAGUUUGCUGUCAAACUAUCAGAGCAUUUCAAUGUCGGAGCUGCAGAGGCUCGUUUCGGAACGGUCUCAUUCAGCGACAGAGUUCAGCUGGGGUUUAAACUUGGGACCUACUCCUCGAGCGACGCCCUCAAGACAGCUUUGCGAAAAACGGCCUACCUGGCAGGAGGAACUAAAACCUACCUGGCAUUGGACUACAUCCGGGUCAACAGAUUGUUUGACACAAGUAAUGGUGCUCGCGAACUGUCCAGUAAGAUUGUGGUCGUCCUCACAGAUGGCUACUCGGACAACCGGACAGGCACAAAGACGGCAGCAACCGCUUUGAAGAACACUGGAGUCACUGUCAUAUCUGUGGGCAUCGGAGGCGGCUUGCAGGAGGAGUUGAAGAACAUCGCCAGCGACACCAAUUAUGUCUUCUCUGCCGACAACUUCAAUUGUCUGGGUCGCAUAGAGAAGAGAGUGGCCGCUAGCAUCUGCAGUGUUCCUGAGACCCAAGGAUACGUGAAGCCUACGGACCCUGAAUCCCACAUGUGUCCAGAAGGAUUUGAACCGAACCCGAAUAACCCAUCCACAUGCAUCGAUCUCGACGAGUGUGAAACGCACAGUCCAUGUGAACAAGUUUGUGUCAACAUUCCAGGCUCCGUAAGAUGCACCUGCAGGGGAGGUUACUCCAUCGAUCCUGAGGACACCACCAGGUGCAAAGCCUUGAGUCCAUGUACGGACCUGGUGGACAUCGUGUUUUUGAUUGACGAGUCGGGUAGCAUCGGCAUCGACAAUUUUGAGGUGCAGCAGAAGUUUGUGGCCAAGUUAACUGAACAUUUCAAUGUGGGUUACAAGGGAGCCAGGUUUGGAGCUCUUCUCUUUGCUACAAAGGUUCAGAAACUCUUUGAUUUGGACACGUAUUCGUCCCAGGCAGAUAUCGCAUCGUCAUUGAUCGGCGCUGAGUACGGUGAAGGCGGAACCAAUACACAUUUAGGGCUCAACUAUAUCGCUGACAACCACAUGUUCUCCACGUCCAAGGGAGGGCGAAGUAACGCCCCUGAUGUGGUUAUUGCUCUCACAGAUGGCGACUGUUCUAAUUCAGAGGAAAUGAAACGAGCCUCGGCUAGACUCAAGGACCAGGGUGUGCGUGUGCUGGCUGUUGGUAUCGGCGACCAGGUAAACACGCAUGAACUCGUGGAGAUGGCCAGCAGUAGCGAGGAUGUCUUCGCCGUCUCUGAAUUUGCUUUGCUGGACUACAUCGAGGAGAGCUUGACCAAUCGAAUCUGUCCCAGCACCAGCAGAUAA